AUGUUAGUGCUGUUGAGUGCAUUGUUGAUGGCUGGUGUCUGGGGUCCUUGCCAGGUCGAUUCUCUUGCGCGUCAUGUUGUGGAAACAUAUCUACGUGUUCAGCUCGGAAUCAAAGCUUUCGAUGGCGCGCAUUACGAUGAAGCCACUGAUCACUUCACUGCUGCUGUUAACUCAGAUGCUUUUCUAUUGAAAUACAUUCAUUUUGCAUACCAAGACUUGACCGUGUACUUUGUGCAGCUCUUUGGCUGGGAUCUUGAGUCCUUACUGCUCACCACACACCAGAAACGGUGCCAGGCAUUCCUUUCAGUAGAAUUCAAGCAACAAUGUAGCGUGCUAUGUGCUGCCAAUGGAGAUUCCGCCCUCGCUGCGAAUGAUUAUGAUAGGGCCAUUGACCUAUACUCGGUGAUAAUCAACUCAAACUCUGCAUCUGAUGUCGUCUUUGCAAAUCGUAGCAAGGCAAAGUUGGGCAAAAUGCUAUGGAUGGAUGCACUUCUCAAUGCGCAGAAGCUCAUCAAACUGGACUCUUUGUCUUAUCUUGGAUACAACUUGAAGCAUGCAGCGCUUCAUGAAUGCUCUCGAUAUUGGACAAUGCACCUGAUGUUCAGACAUGAAGUUAUCGAUGCCCAACUCGACAAUGCUCCGCUGCGUGUACUCGACACCACCACAGGUCUCUUAUGCGAUCGAGAGACGCAGAUAGGCACCUUCAAAAUGAGCAUGCUUUAUAAGGAGCUCGUGUCAUCAACAAUCACGCAUGCAGACUUGUACAUUGCGCACAUCAAAGAAGUGGUGAAGAGAUACCUGCAAUGUGCCAUGCUAUCACACAGGUGGGAAGGGAAGGAGCCACUGCUGCAGGAUAUCCAGGGCAAGUCUGUGUACGACUCGGAGUUGGAUCCAGUUGGCGGCAUUACGAAGUUGCGGUCGUUCUGCAGAACUGCUCGUGAUGCGGGGUAUUGCUGGGCAUGGAGCGAUACAUGCUGUAUCGACAAGAGCAACAAUGUCGAAGUCCAAGAAUCGGUCAACUCCAUGUUCAUAUGGUAUCAUCAUUCUGCGCUCAUGAUCGUCUACCUGUCUGAUGUUCCGCCUUCAUCAAAGUCUGGCGGACUGACAAGGAGCGCUUGGAACACGCGCGGAUGGACGUUUCAGGAAUUCAUCGCUCCCAAAGUCAUUCUAUUUUAUCAGAACAAUUGGACUCUUUAUCGUAAUGAUCGUACUCCCAACCACAAGGAUUCCAUCGCAAUCAUGCAGGAGAUGAAGGACGCGACGGGCAUAGACAGACCAGUCAUUGUGGCCUUCCGUCCCAGCAUGCAUAACACGCGAGAAAAACUCCAUUGGGCGUCAACCCACGUUACCGCACGUCAGGAAGACAUCGCAUACUCUUUGUUUGGCAUCCUCAGUGUCCGUCUUCAUGUAGAUUAUGGUGAGAAGCAGGACAGGGCUCUCGGGCGGCUCCUGCAGGAGAUCGUGGCUCAGUCGGGGGACAUCACUGGCCUCGAUUGGGUCGGAGAAUCAUCAGAGUUCAACAGCUGUCUACCGGCCUCCAUCACUUUGUAUGAAGCUCCACCAUGCCAGCCACCACCUCUAUCCAAGGAAGAAAUUCAGACAUCAGUUUCUUCACUGCGAAAAAUGGGGGUUGCUGAUUUCGCUUCAAACCUUUAUACUCGGCUUUGGAACACGAGCGCCCCUCACUUCGCAGCACAAAGACUGCAUCUGUCUUGUAUUGCAUUCAAUGUCACGGAAGUCAGAUGCCGGGUGGGUAGUCCAACCCCGGAAAGUCAUCUCAUGUAUAGGGUGAAGGCAGACGGACUUCACGACUUGCUUAUCACCACAAGAGAGACCCUGGUUAAAUUCUGGCCGGCAAGGCCCACUGAGCAACGAUUUCUCCUCGUCCGUCCCUGGGAUUGGUCUCUCCUGGAGCUACCUGACUUUGCAGAACUUCCAGAACCGUCUGACUAUGGAGAUGAUGCGGAGAGCGAGGAGGGUUAUGAGACAUCACCUUCUACUCCGUCGGACGACUGGUCUGGUGGUUCUUCUGUAAAACAGGAGAUGCCUCACCUAGAAUCACGAGCAUUGCAGUUGUUUGUUCGCCUUGGGCAGCCUUUCAGUGCAUUUUUGCUUAUGCAACAGCGCAGUGGAGAAUAUAAGAGGAUUGUGAUGGAUUGUGAUAUCAUUGGACAAGUCCAAGACUUGGUUUCUGUUGGAGACUUGAUGGACAUCAGGACCAUAGAAAUAUUGUAG